ACAAAGGAGGCUAUGGUAUCACACUAACCCUGGGAAACGUUUCCAUUAGUUUACCGCCAUUGUAUCAUAAGCCAUACUCCAUUGAAACCGAGAGAGAGAGAGAGAGAGAUGGGGAAGAACGAGAAAGCAGGGCUGGGUAGGGCUCUGGUGAGGCAGCACAACCAGAUGAUCAUAGAGUCCAAGGAAAAGGGACGCUUCUAUAAGAAUCAGCACAAGAAAGUUCUCGAAUCAAUAACCGAAGUCACCGACAUCGACGCUAUUAUCGAGAAGGCUGAAGAGGCUGACCGCCUCUUCUCCCUCAACUCCUUUGAGCCAAAAGUUCCUAUCGCUUUGGACGGAAGUUCGAGUUCCAGGGAAGUGCCUUCUAAGGAAAAGAGGGAUAGACAAAAGGAGGAGGAGGAAUUACAUGCCAGCAGUCUUCGAGUUCCACGCAGGCCAAAAUGGUAUGCUGGAAUGUCUGUGGAUGUGCUUGAUGCCAAUGAAAAGCAAUCUUUUUUGACCUGGCGUCGAAGCCUUGCAAGACUAGAAGAGAAUGAGAACCUUGUUCUUACUCCAUUCGAGAAGAAUCUAGACAUUUGGAGACAGCUUUGGCGAGUGCUGGAACGAAGUGAUUUGCUUGUGAUGGUGGUUGAUGCACGGAAUCCUUUGUUUUACCGCUGCCCUGAUCUAGAGGAAUAUGCUCAAGAACUUGACAAGCACAAAAAAACAUUGCUUCUGGUUAACAAGGCAGAUCUAUUACCAUAUUCUGUCAGGGAGAAAUGGGCCCAGUAUUUUCGUCUUCAUGAAAUUCUCUUCGUUUUUUGGUCUGCUAAAGCAGCUUCUGCAGCUCUAGGAGGGAAAACCUCCAGUGAUCCACAGAGCAGCCUUCAGGAAUCAGAUGAUCCUGAUACAAAAGUAUAUGGGAGGGAUGAGCUUUUGGCCCGUUUACAGUCUGAGGCAGAACAAAUAGCAAAGAUAAGGAGGAAUGCUGGCUCCAGCGAUGUUAGUUCAACGGAUGCCAAUUCCCAAGAUGGAAGUGUUUCUGAAGGUUCCACUUCAAACAAUGUAGUUGUGGGAUUUGUUGGAUAUCCGAAUGUGGGCAAGAGUUCAACCAUUAAUGCAUUGGUAGGCCAGAAGCGGACUGGUGUUACCUCUACACCAGGGAAGACUAAGCAUUUCCAAACAUUGAUAAUUUCUGAGGAGCUGACAUUAUGCGAUUGCCCUGGAUUAGUAUUUCCAUCAUUUACAAGUUCAAGGUACGAGAUGAUUGCUUCAGGGGUGCUGCCAAUUGAUCGAAUGACUGAGCACAGGGAGGCUGUACAAGUAGUAGCCAAUCGAGUCCCAAGGCAAGUUAUUGAAGAUGUUUACAAAAUUAAACUUCCAAAGCCCAAACCAUAUGAACCACAGUCGCGGCCACCUCUAGCAGCCGAGCUGUUGAGGACCUAUUGUGCAUCUCGUGGGUAUGUUGCCUCAAGUGGACUGCCUGAUGAAACAAGAGCUGCCCGCCAAAUUUUGAAGGAUUAUAUAGAUGGUAAGCUUCAGCAUUAUCAGAUGCCCCCAGGAAUGACAGACGGGGAAGAUAAUGUAGGAACUAGUUCAGACACAUCUGACAUUGAGAAUGCUCCAGCUGAUAAAAACAAUAACGCCCCUAAUCUUGAAAAUGUGCUGGACGAUCUCAAUUCAUUUGACAUGGCUAAUGGGCUUGCUUCCAAAAGGGGUACUGCAAAGAAGCCUAGGGCUUCACAUAAGCUGCACAAGAAGCCUCAAAGGAACAAGGAUCGAACUUGGAGGGUCGGAAAUGACAACGAUGAUGGAAUGCCGGUUGUAAGAGUUUUCCAGAAGCCUGUGAAUGCAGGUUCCCUAAAAACUGUCUGAUUAUGUUUCUGGUUGAGUGAUCUCUCCAAAUGAAUGGCUUAAUAUGCCAGGCCAUGAGCCCUUGGCAACCACCACCAAGACGAUCCCAGAUCUAUGAGGUUCAAGUAUUAAGAAAAAUAUUUAAAAGAAGGAAAUCAAAUGUGCUCUAAAGAGUCUAAAGCAGUGACAGAGUUAAAUGAUGUUCGUUGGGUUUUCACAAGUAUUGUCCGUGUAUAUUUGUUUCUGUUGUUCUUGUUGGUUUAUCUAUUGGUACUGCUUUUCAUAGAAGCUGUGAACCCACUCAAUUUUGAUUGUACACCAUCAUAGAUCACGAGAUGUUAAGACUAAUUAUAAGGUAUGAUAUGAGUAUUGCUUGAGAUUCAAAUAGAUUGGAUUAAGUUUGA